GUGUGGUGGUCGAAGUGCAAUGUCACCCCUCUAGAUCCAAUGGCCAAGAAAAUCCACGCCAUCCACCUCAUAUGGAGAUCGCCGUUGGAUGAAAAAUAUCAAUGGCAGGAGGGAUCUCAGGUUAUAUAAAGGAACGGUGUUGGGGUGUUAAGGCCUCCAUCCAGCUGCAAGGUCUUUUUGUUAGGGUGGGAGGGAAGUUAGGAGAAAAGAGAUCAGGAAAUGGCUUCCUCCAUGAUGGUCUCUUCUGCCGCUACUGCGUCCCGGGCGAACCCAGCCCAAGCAAGCAUGGUUGCACCCUUCACCGGGCUCAAGUCGACUUCUGCCUUCCCAGCCACCAGGAGGGCAAGCAACGGCUUCUCAAAGCUUCCAAGCAACGGAGGCAAGGUUCAGUGCAUGAAGGUCUGGCCGAUUGAGGGUGUGAAGAAGUUCGAGACCCUCUCUUACCUUCCGCCUCUCCCCAUCGAGGCUUUGCUCAAGCAAAUUGAGUACCUUCUCCGCAGUCGUUGGGUCCCUUGCUUGGAGUUCUGCAAAGUUGGCUUCGUGUACCGUGAGAACCACCGAUCCCCUGGAUACUACGACGGGCGCUACUGGACCAUGUGGAAAUUGCCCAUGUUCGGCUGCAACGACGCCACCCAGGUCGCGAAGGAGCUCGAGGAAUGCAAGAAGGAAUACCCGGACGCAUUCAUCCGGAUCAUUGGAUUCGACAACGUUCGUCAAGUUCAGUGCAUCAGCUUCAUCGCCUACAAGCCCCCAAGCUUCUAUACAUGAACUGACCGUGUCAGCUCUCUAGAGUGUCUGUCCUGUUUGACUCGGCUUUGCCUCUUUAAAUUGCUUUCCCUCAUUGUUCGUUUUCUUCUGUAUCCCCUCUCUCCAACGGAUGCGAAUUGGACUAAGGUCACUGUUAUUUAGGUUGGUGAGGAGCAUCGCAGCUCCGGCUAUGUACAUCAUCGUUAUUGUCUACUACUUAUAAACCUAUAUAUGGAUGGGGUCUCUGUCUUUUCUCUCUACGACAUGAAAGAACCUGUUUAGCA